ACAAUGUUCUGGAAACCUCCAGUUGCAGGUCUCCUGUCAGGAUGUCACACUCUUCUGUUGAAGGUGACCAGAAGAAUGUGGAGCUUACCAGCAGUAUGUGGGAGGAGUCUGAACCAGGUCCAUCUAGGGAUCCGCCAAGCCGUCAGGGUUAUUGUGGAUACUGCAGAGUCCUGUACAACAACCUGGACCAGCACCUGUCAAGUCUCAGACACCUGGAUUCUGUGCGGACAUCGUCCAGAGGCUCCACCUCUGUAUCCUCCACCUGCAGCAAUCAAACCAGACUGACGCUGCUGGAGCGCUUCCUGCAGGACGUCCUACAGCACCACCCGCACCGCUACAACGACCCCAGACCAUCCCACGAUGACCUUCCAUCAGUCUCCACCCCCCCAGCGCCAAGAGCGAAGCUCGAUGAACUCAGUUUCUCUGAUGACAGUCGGUCUUCAGGCACCAGAGAAAAACCGCCCAGUUCUGAUGAUGGGUCCUGUUGGCCAGCCAAUCAGGGAGAGGACUGCAGCAUGCUCAGCAAACCAGGAGAGAGGACUGGUCUGGAGAGACUCUCAACUCCAGUCAGAGAGCAGGACGACAAAGGGACUGUUCCUGCUGGGUGCACAUGUUCACCACAGCCCAGAGCCCUUCCUCCCAACUCUCAGGCCCCGCCUCAGCACCCUCAGGCCCCGCCCUCUAUUCACAGAAAAGCCCACAGGAAGACCAACCGAAGGAAACCCAGCGAGUCAUCUUCCUCUUCUCAGGUCUCCAUGGGCCAAGUUCUCAAGCCCCACCACGAGCAACGUCCCAACACAAAUAGGAGGCCCCAGACCUUGGCUCUAACAGACCCAAGACCCUGUGCCCACACAAAACCAAGGUCCCAGUUCCCCAAAGACUUGGAGCCCUGGCAGAACUGGCAGAGGGAGAGAAGGGAGGCUCUGAAGGAGGAGACUUUCUCAGACCAGAGUGAUCUCCUGGACCAGACCAUCGACAAGGUGAUCCAAAGGUGUUGCCAUGGCAUCAGUUCAGCUUCUCUCCAGCAGGAGGAGACAGAGAGCCUUUGUCUCAGCUUUCCUGUUUCAAUGGCAACAGAGAGCAACUGGGACUCACCUGUGCAGAUGUUUUUUCAAAGAGCAGGAAAAGUCACUGACAUACCUGUCCAGGUGAGCCAGACAGAGAAUCGAGACAUCAGUAGUCUCAUGGACGUUCAGGUGGACAUGGUGGACCAGCUGUACUUCAAACAGCUUGACUCCGCCCUUCUCGGAGGUGGAAUAACGCAGGACGAGGGGUUCUGGACCCUGCCCAUAGAAGAAGUCCUGCCGGUUCCAGAACAUAUCCCGGAGUCCUUCAGGGGGAAGACCUGGACCCAGAUCGAGCAGGAGGACGAGGAAAAGGUGGAGAGACUAGUUGGACAGUUCAGACGAGGAAGAUUCAUCUGCUACUUCGACACCGAGUCCCUGGCCAGGUACGGUGGGAGGAGCCAAAAGAAAACUCUGCUCACUGAAACCAAGAAGGUGGAGUCAGACACAAGUAUGCUGCCCUUGAUUGACAAAGUAGAUGAUGAUGACUCUGCAUGCGCGAGGAGGAAGAGGAGGCGGAGCUUUAGACUAGCAUCCAGGUGUCAGGUGGUUAAAGUGAGUCACAGUACUCAGACCAUUCGAUUGGUUGUUCCAGCUGUACAGUACCUGUUUACAGAGACUCCGCCCAUCAGCGUACCUGCAGCUAAUCAGAGAACACCUGAGAUGCAAACGCUCCACCACACCAGAAGGAUCCACCCCAAAGCGCAGCAGAAGGCGGCGGCGGCCAGUUGA